CGCAAAACAGAGUGACCAUUUUGAUAUUUAUAAUAAGAGAGUAUAAAAGGGCGGCGCGCGUCUAGGGUUCAUUUGAACAUUUUGUCGAACAGGUCGUACUUCUUGAUUGUUUUCCAAGCCAAAAAAGCUCCAAAGAUCGCCAUGGAUGGAGCUCCAGCCAAGAAGCGCAGUCAUGCAAGCUUCUCAGCUACCAAGAAGAAGGUCGAGGAAAUCCACCAUGCUUCGUCCCUUGUCGGCAGCAUCAUCGAGAAGGGUUUCUCCUCCUCUUCCCCUUCUUCAGCGCCUCGGAAUGUCUCCUUGCCUAAACCCUCGGUUGUUCCUUUUCCUGUCGCUCGUCACCGAUCACACGGUCCGCAUUGGGCUCCGGCGAGAACGGAGAUGGAUGUUGAUGGGAAGGAUGAUGAGGGGGAGGAUGUGGAUAACACGGAUUAUGAGCCUGUAGCUUCGAUGGCCACUCGGAUCCAGAGGAAGGAGAAGAAGGGCUUGGAUUUCAGUAUGUGGAGAGAAUUGGUGGCUGAGGAAUCCUCCGCGAAGUCGGUGGUGAUGAAGAAGAGCAUGAAGUUAUCUGAUAGAAGGGAACAAAUUGAGAAUAAGGGUUCGCGCGCUGAUGCAUCCUCACCGCGUGUAAUCUCUGUUGUGGAAGCUAGUAGUGUGAGGGAGCAAAUGGAUGGUGCGAGGAAGAAGGAUUUGCCUUCUGGUAUGGAAGUGGAUGCUUUAGCGGAGGUUAGAAGUGUUGAAAGGGAAGUGUCCGGAGCUGGGCUUAUUGGCAGCUUGACUCCGUCUCUCAUGGAUGGCAUUGAUGCGGAGAACAUUGCCCGGUUGAAGGAGAUGUCGUCAGAUGAGAUUGGAGAGGCACAGGCAGAAAUAAUGGAGAAGAUGGAUCCUAGAUUAGUGGAUAUGUUGAGGAAGCGAGGGAAAGCCAAGUUGGAGAAGAAGAAGGAUAAUGGUGCUGUGCUUGAGAAGGGGCUGCCGGAGAUAGGGUGUUGUUCUGUUGAUGAAGGCCAGAAGAGUUCUGCAAUGGUGAGAUUGCCUGGUCAGGAUGGAGCUGCCAGUAGUAACUUGUGGAAGGGUUGGAGUGGGAGAGUUGAGAAGGUCAGGGAGUUGAGGUUUUCUCUGGAAGGGAAUGCUUUGGGGAUUGGUUCAAGUCUAGAACAGUCUAACAGUCAGAAUCCUUUACGCCAGUAUAACGUAGCUGAACGAGACUUCUUGCGAACUGAGGGGGAUCCUGCUUCUGUAGGAUACACCAUUAAAGAAGCAACAGAACUCAUUCGUAGUAUGGUACCUGGACAACGGGCCCUUGCUUUGCAGCUACUUGGUGCUGUCUUAAAUCGAGCUUUACACAGCUUGCAAAGGGAGGAGACUGGGUUUCAUGAUGGAAAAACUAAUCAUAUGAACAAAUUUGUUGAUUGGCAGGCAGUCUGGGGCUUUGCCCUUGGGCCUGAACCCCAGAUAGUCUUGUCAUUAAGGAUUGCGUUGGAUGAUAAUCAUGAUUCUGUUGUUUUAGCUUGUGCUAAGGUGCUUGAAUGCAUACUGAGCUGUGACAUAAAUGAGAAAUUUUUUGACAUUUUAGAGAAAUCGCCAACUCAUUUGGGAGAUAUUUGCAUUGCUCCUGUAUUUCGGAGUAGACCUGAGAUUAGUGAUGGUUUCCUUCGUGGUGGUUUUUGGAAGUACAAUGCAAAACCUUCCAACAUACUUCCAUUCUCUGGCAAUGAUGAUGAUGAGGAUGAUGGCGAGGAAAAACAUACAAUUCAAGAUGACAUUGUUGUGGCCGAACAAGAUGUUGCUGCUGGUCUUAUUAGAAUGGGAAUACUACCUAGAAUUUGCUAUCUUUUGGAGAUGGAACCUCUGCCAACUCUGGAAGAAUGUCUGGUUUCAAUACUUGUUGCAUUAGCUAGACAUUCUCCGACAUCUGUGAAUGCCAUCUUGAAAUGUCCAAGGUUGGUUCAAUCCGUGAUUAAGGUUUUCACUAAGCAAGGUGCCAUGGAGCUUUAUCCAUCCCAAAUAAAAGCAACCACUUUUCUAAAGGUUUUGGCUAAAUGUAGCAAAGAGAUCUGCACAGACAUUGUAAAGAGCGGGGCAUUUCAGAAGGCAAUGUGGCUUUGGUAUAAAAAUUCUUUCACUCUUGAUCACUGGGUAAAAUCUGGAAAGGAAUAUUGUAGGUUAGCUUCUGCUCUGAUGGUUGAACAAUUAUGCCUUUGGAAGGUUUGCAUUACGUACGGAUAUUGCUUAGGUUACUUUCCAGAUUUCUUCCCUGCAAUGUGCUUGUGGUUGAGCAUCCCUGCAUUAGACAAACUAAUUGAGAACAAUAUCCUAGAUGAAUAUGCUUCUGUCACAAGGGAAGCGUAUCUUGUGCUUGGAGCCCUUGCUCAGACACUACCAAAUCUCCAUGCAAUGGAGCAAUUAAAUAAGCAACACAUUGCCUUCUCUGGUGAUAACAUGGAGAUCUGGUGUUGGAGUUAUGUAACACCAAUGGUUGACCUAGCUGUAAACUGGUUAUCAUUAAAAGCCAUUCCAGUUUAUCUGUGUUAAUGGGUCCCAGAUAAGAAGUUAAUUAAUGAUGUUGAAGAUCGGUAUGCAAGCUGCAUACUUUGGGUGAUCUCUUCAGUUUUACACAUGCUAUGUACUGUACUCACUCGAAUAGCUACAGAGGAAAUGGAUGGUUCGCAAAAUAACACCUCCUUGCCAUGGUUGCCUAAAUUUGUUCCCAAGAUUGGCCUUGCGAUUGUAAACAACUGCUUUAUGAAUUUCCUUUGUUCAGGAGACCUGGACUCAGAAGGGUUCCACUCAGAAGGGGGAUCUUUAACUGAUGUUCUGUGCUAUUUUAGACGCCAUGCUAAUCAUGAUGUAUCAUUGUCUUCUGUAAGUUGUCUUCUUGGGGUAGUACGGAUUUCUUCCUCAGUUGACAGAUGUAUUCAGAGAGCUAGGAAAGCAUAUUGCAGUGAGCGCCAAGAAGGAUGUAACCUAAAAGUAGCUGAAAGGAUACUAGAAGAAGGUGUUGUUAAGUGGGCUCAAAAUGAUUUGAAGGCGGUUCUGGAAUUGUUUAUGACUUUCUUGUCAUCAGAAUGCCAUAUUGUGCAGUCUAUUGAAAUGUUUGGUAGAGGAGGACCUGCUCCUGGUAUUGGAGUAGGUUGGGGCUCAUCUGGUGGAGGAUAUUGGUCUCCUUAUGUUUUGCUUGCACAAGAAGAUUCAAAGCUGAUUCUAGACUUAAUUAAGAUUUUCCGGGCAGAACUCAUAGAUAAUCUUGUUGUGGCCAACAUUAGAGAGCUGGAAAAAGAGAGAUCUGGAAAUAUGUCUUUGGUUUUGCAAGUAAUUUGUUCCAUUUUGAGAGUAUGUUUGAUUGUAGGACCUGGUGAUGGAGUGACCUUUGCUCAGGCAUUAGAUUUGUUGCUUCAAGCUCCUAUACUGAAGUAUCUAACCUUUUGUGUGAAUAACCUAUGCCAUGUCAUGGGAAUUAAAUCAUUUAACUUGCAAUAUAAAGAAGAAGAGUGUAUAUUUUUCAGUGAGGUUUUAAAUUCUCACUUUCGGAACAGGUGGUUAGAUGUUAAGAAAAAAAUGCUUCAUAAAGUAGACUCAAGAAAUCAGAAUCAUAAAAUUUCUGGAGCAAUUGGUGCUUUGGAAACUAUUCAUGAGGAUCUAGAAACAGCAGAAGGAUCUGAAAGAUAUCAUGAUGGCAACUCUUUGCUUAUACAGUUGGCACACCAGAGAUUGCCACUCCCCCCACAUUGGUUUCUGAGUGCAAUAUCAAGCAUUGGUGUUGAUAAAGGCAACAACAUGUAUUCAUCCACCAAUGAACUUGAUGUGGCUAAAGGUGGACUUUUUCUUCUCUUAGGCCUGGAAGCAUCAUUUUUCUUUCACUCUGAUCAGGAGGAAUCUCCAGUUUCAGGCGUGCCUUUGGUUUGGAAAUUACAUGCUUUAUCUGUGUCUUUGCAUGGUGGUAUGGAUGUGCUUUUGGAUGAGAGGAGUAGGAAUAUUUAUGAGACUUUACAAGAAUUCUAUGGAAAACAGCUUGAUCUGUUGAGAUCCAGACCUGUAAAAGAUUUGCAGAUGAAGAAUGAGAAAGCUUCAGUUUCUUCAGCCACAUUGGUUAAGGAUCAAACCAGUAGCCUGGAAUUUCUUAAUUUCCAAACACAGGUUCAUGAAAGCUACACUACUUUUAUUGAGAAUCUUAUUGAACAGUUUGGUGCUAUAUCUUAUGGUGACCGAAUUUAUGGUCGGCAAGUUGCACUUUACUUGCAUCGGUCCGUUGAAGUUGCUGUCAGACUUGCUGCCUGGAAUGCACUCUCUAAUGCUCAUUUACUUGAACUCUUGCCUCCUUUAACAGAGUGCUUUGCUGAUGCUGAAGGGUACCUGGAGCCCCUUGAGGGCAAUGAAAAAAUUCUAGAGGCAUAUGUUCGAUCAUGGACUUCUGGUGGUCUUGAUAGAGCUGCAACUCGAGGAUCCAUCAGUUUCUCACUGGCUCUUCAUAACCUUUCAUGUUUCAUAUUCAAUACGGUCAGUCCUUCUGAUAAGCUACCGCUAAGAAAUAAGUUAGCCAAGUCUCUUCUUCGCAGUUACUCACAGAAGCAACAUCAAGAGGGUAUGUUUUUGAGUUUUCUCAAAUACAGACUGGUUGAGUCUGAAGAGUCACCUAGUAAAGUUGAACUUGAAAGGAGGUUUCAGCUGUUGAAAGAAGCUUGUGAUGAUAAUUCUGUCCUUUUGGCUCAAGUGGAGAAGCUCAAAACUCUUGUAUAGGCAAGCUAAUCAUAUUGGUUGGUGUUGGUAAUCAUCUUUUUCUUAUUUAGUUUUGUAAAUCUAGAUCGUAUAUACUCUGCUAAUAUGUAUUAUGCUUCUACAUAGGGCUAAUUAAAGUUUAUUGCCCUAGUUGAGUUACUCGAGUAAUAUAACAAAAUUAUGGCAAGUCAAGAAAACUUAUCUCUAA